AGAAGCGUGAUGUCUGGACGAGGCAAAGGAGGCAAAGGCCUGGGAAAAGGCGGAGCGAAGCGGCACCGCAAAGUGCUCCGUGAUAACAUCCAGGGCAUCACGAAACCAGCCAUCCGGCGCCUGGCUCGCCGUGGCGGGGUCAAGCGCAUCUCGGGCUUGAUCUACGAGGAGACCCGCGGGGUGCUGAAGGUUUUCCUGGAGAAUGUGAUCAGGGAUGCGGUCACCUACACUGAGCACGCCAAGCGCAAGACGGUCACCGCCAUGGAUGUGGUGUACGCUCUGAAACGUCAGGGCCGGAACACUUCAACUGCAUUGCAUUUACGAUCUGGAAAAAGUUUAAUGGCCAGAACUAAGCAGACAGCGCGCAAAUCCACCGGAGGGAAAGCUCCCCGCAAGCAGCUGGCGACCAAAGCGGCCCGCAAGAGCGCUCCGGCCACGGGCGGAGUGAAGAAACCUCAUCGCUACAGGCCCGGCACGGUGGCUCUGCGGGAGAUCCGCCGCUACCAGAAAUCCACCGAGCUGCUGAUCCGCAAACUGCCCUUCCAGCGCCUGGUGCGAGAGAUCGCUCAGGACUUCAAGACCGACCUCCGCUUCCAGAGCUCGGCGGUGAUGGCCCUGCAGGAGGCCAGCGAGGCUUACCUGGUGGGGCUGUUUGAGGACACCAACCUAGGGAUCUUGGUCGUGAUGUCUGGAAGAGGCAAAGGAGGCAAAGGCCUGGGAAAAGGCGGAGCGAAGCGGCACCGCAAAGUGCUCCGUGAUAACAUCCAGGGCAUCACGAAACCAGCCAUCCGGCGCCUGGCUCGCCGUGGUGGCGUCAAGCGCAUUUCGGGCUUGAUCUACGAGGAGACCCGCGGGGUGCUGAAGGUUUUCCUGGAGAAUGUGAUCAGAGAUGCGGUCACCUACACUGAGCACGCCAAGCGCAAGACGGUCACCGCCAUGGAUGUGGUGUACGCUCUGAAACGUCAGGGCCGUACUCUGUACGGAUUCGGCGGGUGAACAUAAAGCGACCCUUUUCCAGCGAACCCAAAGGCUCUUUUCAGAGCCACCCAAACCCUCUGAUAGAGAGCGGAGACUUGAGGUAAUGCAGAAUGAGGGGAUUGUUACUGUAGCCGGUUAUUUCGCGUUUAUCGCGACUUUUACAAUUAUUUCUGUUCCAAAAAGUGUUCUGCUCUACGGUAGAGAGCAUUCGGAGUGGACGGUUCACUUUGUUGCUGUUUACCGUGGUGAAUGAUUUUAAAAUUGCAAGUAUUCCCACAGUAGAUAAGAGGCUAUUUGGCCAAUCGAGACUCUACUGUUGUGCAACCUGAUUUAUGCAUGUAAAGAAUCGCAUCGUAACUUGUAAUUGUAAGAUGUAGCAGCAGUAUUAGACCAUUCUGCCCAUCCAGCUCGUUCUGCCAUUCGAACAUGGCUGAUAUUUCUCAAACUUCCCGUUCCCUUCGAUCGUCUUUUUUCGUGAAUACCUGUCCAUCUCAGUAAUGGUAUCAAUGUGUACUUGGCUGUCCAUGCAAUGAAUAAUAAUUUGACUUUAUUUAUUGUGGAACCCAGACAUUAACGUUACAUAUUACAGUAUUUAUAUUUCCCAGGCAUAACACUCUGGAAGCCUGCGGAUGUGUUUAUGUGGCACGUUUUUCAUCUGCCCGUUCAGGCAGCGAUUACAAAUUGUCUUCGGGCAAGUAAUAAUCUGGAUGAAAUAAAAAAU